UGGCUAGUAUUUGAUUUCACACUAGGUUGUUUGGCCAGCUGGAAAAUAAUCAGCGUAGACGCAGUCGAAACCUGGGGGGCGCUUCAACUCUAGUUAGUGUAUAGCCCACCCGAGAUUCCGCGACCCAGCAAACUGAGCAUACUCGCAUAGCGCGGAGGGACAAACUCGGAAUUAAACUUGAUUACAUAUGUCGCUUUAGCUAUUCUGAUAUUCAAACCUGCUAGCGUAGACAGCUACCUUCAACUUAUAUACCACAUUUAUAAAAGCAAGACCAAAGACGGACCGAGCGAGCUAACUUACUGGCCAAGUAACAUAGCAAGCUAACUAACGUACGUUGAUAGCUGGUCAGGAAGAAUACAGGACGUUGCGGUUGUUUUGCUCGUGUACCAUUUUAGCUAACCGGCUAGUCAAAGCGACUGCAGUUCAUUUUCAGUUUAACUCGCGGAUUCUUACCUCUGCCGUGGAGGGAAACUAGCCUACGCUAUCUAACAACCUAGAGUUGGCAAAGCAGCUUGCUGAUAACGUUUUCAUCAUUACAACUGAGGGUCGAUAGUGUAUUAUAGUUAAUGAUAUUUAACUAGCGAGCGUUUUUUUAUUCCUCUAAAGAGGACAUUUGGGCUGCUGCUAUCGGCGUGGCCAAAGUUUGGUAGAAUCCCCGGACUAGAUUUUACCGCCUACUUGUGGGAACAAACCUCGCUUUGGGUGGAGCUUUAGCUAGCAUAGCCCUCUAACUUGACAGCUCAUCCUUCCACUGCACAGCUCCRUGUGUAAUUGGCAGACCACUUUUCUCCAUUGAGUAGAAUAGUCGUACCAAUGUAGAUAGCUUGUGAAUGCGGAGUUUCCUUUUCACGUGAAUAGCUGUUAUUUCAGAUACUUGUGAAUCCAGAACUUUGCUUUGAACUCGAACGGUACUUAUAUUCUAUUGAUAGGUARCUAACUACUAACGUUAUCUUCCUACUACCUGGACUAGGUAUGGUAUUUCAUUGACGAUUGAGUAACUUCAGCUAGCUGGAUAGCUAGCUAGUUAGCUAGCUAGAACUUUAGCUCGCUAGCUAGCUAGCUAGUUUAAUUACUCCUCGACACGUAACGUUAGCUAGCUAACGUUAGCCUCGAGCUAAGGCUACGUAUGAGUAACUUUUUGAUAAGUUGGCUAGCUAACUAAAUUAGCUACACAAACAAUAUAGUCCCCAGUUCAGCAAUAACAAACACGGAGGGCAGAUGUACAUUGAGUUUUGAGAUUCUGUUAAGAAGUUACCCCCCGAAAAUCUGUUAAGAUGUCAACCCGGACGCCAUUAUUAACAAUUGAACAUUCGUCAAACCAGUCUCACUCGGAGUCCAAGGCAGGCGGGCGUCCUAAUAUGCCGCGGUGCCGGAAUUCUGUCGCCACGACGCCAGACGAGCAGCCACACAUUGGCAACUACCGGCUGCUGAAAACCAUCGGCAAGGGCAACUUUGCCAAGGUCAAACUGGCUCGUCAUGUCCUCACAGGGAAAGAGGUGGCUGUGAAAAUCAUAGACAAAACGCAGCUCAACUCUUCCAGUCUCCAAAAGCUGUUUCGUGAAGUGAGGAUCAUGAAGCUGCUCAAUCACCCAAAUAUCGUUAAGUUAUUUGAAGUUAUUGAGACAGAGAAGACGCUGUACUUGAUCAUGGAGUAUGCCAGUGGAGGUGAGGUGUUUGAUUACCUUGUUGCUCAUGGGAGAAUGAAAGAGAAAGAGGCCAGAGCCAAAUUUAGACAGAUAGUCUCAGCGGUACAGUACUGCCACCAGAAGUGCAUCGUACACAGAGACCUGAAGGCAGAGAACCUACUCCUAGAUGCUGACAUGAACAUCAAGAUCGCAGACUUUGGUUUCAGCAAUGAGUUCACCAUGGGGAACAAGCUGGACACGUUCUGUGGCUCGCCUCCCUACGCCGCCCCAGAGCUGUUCCAGGGGAAGAAAUAUGACGGCCCCGAGGUGGACGUCUGGAGCCUGGGGGUCAUCCUCUACACACUGGUCAGCGGAUCUCUGCCUUUCGACGGACAGAACCUAAAGGAGCUGCGCGAACGGGUUCUGCGGGGGAAGUAUAGAAUUCCCUUCUACAUGUCCACAGACUGCGAAAACCUGCUCAAGAAGUUCCUCAUUCUCAACCCAACCAAGAGGGGCAGCCUGGAGCAGCAGAUCAUGAAAGACCGCUGGAUGAACGUAGGCCAUGAGGAGGAGGAACUGAAGCCCUUCAUCGAGCCCCAGCCAGACUACAAGGACCCCAAGAGGACAGGUCAGCACCCCGACCGAGCGGGGGGGUGGAAGAGAGAUAUCAUGUUGCAGAUGGGCUACUCUGCGGAGGAGAUCCAGGACUCGCUCGUCAACCAAAAAUACAAUGAAGUCAUGGCCACAUAUCUAUUACUGGAUUACAGGAACUCUGAGAUGGACGAAUGCAUCAGCCUAUCAAUGAAAUCCCGCCCAGGAAGUGACCUCACAAACAGCAAUGCCCAAUCCCCUUCUCACAAGGUACAGCGCAGUACCUCAUCCAAUCAGAAGCCCCGGAGAGCAACAGAUGCAGGUUCUUCAGCUUCUAAGCGUUCCCAGGGUGACAACAAGCACACAGCAGAGGAUUAUGGGAGGAAAGGUUCUGGCACUGGCAGCUCCACUAAAGUCCCUCCCAGUCCUUUAGCUACAGCAGAUCGUAAGAGGAGCACCCCAACCCCCUCCACCAACAGCAUCCUGUCUACUGGUACGAGUCGCAGUCGAAACUCGCCAGUCCCUGAGAGAGCCACACUUGGGGUCCAGAACGGAAUGGACAGCCUAACCACCCCAGGGUCCCGCGCCUCCACAGCCUCGGCAGCCGCAGUUCUCUCUUCCUCCUCCCGCCCCCGACACCACAAGUCCCUGUCCACCUCUGCCCAUCCCACCCCCUCAGACAUCCACGCACACCGGCCCAGCACUGCCCCUCUGAGAGUACCAGUGGCGUCUCCCUCUGCCCACAACGUCAGCAGUUCCACGGCGACUGAGCGAUCCAAUUUCCCCAGAAAUGUGGCCACCAGAAGCACUUUCAGUGCCGGGCAGCAGAGGGCGACACGGGACCAGCAUGCCUCCACCUACAAUGGUCCCCCAGCAUCCCCCUCCCUCUCCUAUGGGAACAGCCAGGCCCGAAGAGCUGGGGGCACUGGUAUCUUCAGCAAGUUCACCUCUAAAUUUGUGCGCAGAAAUCUCUCAUUCAGAUUCCCCAGAAGGAGCCCGUAUGAGGGAGAGGGUCGAGAUGAGGCCAACAGACCCAUGUUGACCACUGCUGAGAAGCUGGAGAAGGGCACCCUGGGCUCUGCAGGAGACGAGAACAAGGACUCCCUGUCCUCCACCUCUACGGUGCCCAGCACCACGACCCCAGGCCUGACCUCCAAGGACAACAAGCCCCGCUCGCUGCGCUUCACCUGGAGCAUGAAAACCACCUCCUCCAUGGAGCCCAACGAGAUGAUGAAGGAGAUCCGGAAGGUUCUGGACUCCAACAGUUGCGAGUAUGAGCUGCGAGAGCGCUACAUGCUGCUGUGUGUGUCUGGGAAUCCCGCCCGUGACGACUUUGUCGAGUGGGAGAUGGAGGUGUGCAAGCUGCCCCGCCUCUCCCUUAACGGGGUUCGCUUUAAGCGCAUUUCUGGCACAUCCAUCGCCUUCAAGAACAUCGCCUCCAAGGUUGCCAAUGAGCUCAAACUGUGAGCUUGUUGGAAGAGGGGUAGUGAUGAUAACAAUGAGUCGGAUGGUGGAUGGAGACAGACUGGAGCACAAAGGCAAAGAGGCUGAACUUUGAGACUGAACUGAGAGCUUUUGAGAUGAAGGCAAAGGAGCAUGGAGAGACUUUUGGGGUGGGUGGGUGGGAGGGAGCAAAGUGGCUAGGGGAGGUUGUGUGUGUGUGUAUAGACCGUUUUGAGGGAAUUGUUAAUUUUCUUGGGAGGGGAUGUUUUUUUCAGUUUGGGGUUUCUGGCCCCUCUCUCGCCCCUCUGACUUUUCUGUUGUCUUCUGAGACAGUUUUGUUUCUCUUAAACCUCACAAUCAUCUUUUUCCUAAAUACAUUUAUUGGUGGAAAAUAUGAAAGGAAAUGAGUUUAAAAAUUAAUGAACUGAUUUGUAGGUUUUCUUAUUUUUUAUUUUGAGCCCAAAAUGGCCCUGGACUCAGCCAGCUGUAACCCUCAGGCCUUUCUCCCUUGCUUAUCCUGCACCAAGCCCAAUCUAUGGUCUAAGCACCAUGUUACUGUACUUGAGCAUCUUGCCCCCAUUUUCAGCUGUCUGUUUUGAACAGAUGAAGAGAGCUGCAGUUUGACACUGAAUGUACAACAUGAUUAGACAGAUGUAUCUGAGGUACAACGCAUAUUCACUACAGCUGUAAAUUGGUUUUCACAUCAUGUUCUAAUUUUGAUCAGCUAAUGACAGUUGCACAAGGUGUUUCUGUGUGGUUCAGAAAGCUUCUGCCAUUUUUUACAUCAUAGUACAGUGUCUUACUUGAGGCUACCAUGGAAGUGCAGACUUGAACUCUUUGCACUCUGAUUGCGAGCCUUCACCUGCCUGCUCCCCAAGCCCCUUCAAAUAUUAUUUUUUCUUUUCUUUCUUUUUUUUUCUUUUUUUACAGCAGGGGUAAUUUAUCUGAUUUAAAUAAUUAAGGGCCAAUUGAUAAUUAUUGGUGGAUUGUAAUGUAAUUAAGAGUUGCUGGUUGGUUUCAAUGUGCUGCACUGGAAUGUCUGAGUCAGAGUUCCCUUGCCUUUCUCUGGAGAAAAUAAUUAUUAAUAUUGUUAUUAUAAGAAUAAACAAAGUUGGAUGAUU